AUGGAGGCAUCUCUCUGGAAAAGAAAACAAUUCCAAAUGAAUUUCUAUCUGAUUUUGAUUCAAGCUCUUCUUAUUUUUAUGUUGGUUUCUUCGGAGACAGUGAUAGAGAAUGAAGAAGAAUUCGAAAAAUUUCUGAAAUCUUCGAAAAUGUCGCGUGAAUCGAAACAGAUUCUUCGGGAAUAUCAGAGGGAAGGACUGCUUCAAUCCAAAUUCAGAAAUUUGAGUUGGGUCAAAUGGUCGAAUGCACCGGCAGCAAUUGAACUGAUUGCAUUGCAUUGGAGUGUUAGGGACAGCAAUUUUGAGCUUUUGGCCAAGAAUGGAGAUUUGAUAUUCGACAGAUUAGAUUCCGUCAGAAUGAAAUGUUCGAGUCCAGGGAGAUUAUCCAAUCCAGAGAUGUCCGUUUCAUCCGAAAGAGAUGGAAUUGACUUCAUUGUCACGUUGUAG